AGCUGUCUCCAGCCCAUUUCCCUCCCAUUUUCUCCAUUUUUCCCUCAACCUCUGCUCUCUUUAUAUAACCCCAUUUCUCUUCUUCAUUCCCUCACCAUCCACCAUCUCCACCUUCUCCGCCACACGCGCCACCGCAGUUCAAAAUGUUGCAGCCCCAUUUCUUGCUUUCUGUCGUUGGCUGCUUUAUAUUCUUUACAUCUAGCUAUGUUUAUGCUUCCACUUCUUCAAAUCCACCGCAGCUGCAGACCUUGAACACUAACCCAGAGUACAUCAACCCAAAGCUUCCCCCUAGAACCCUCUCCUCGUCCAAGAAAUUUGAGGGUUCUUCCGACUUGGUUCAGCUCCGUUACCACAUGGGUCCUGUUCUCUCUUCCUCCCCCAUCAACAUUUACCUUAUCUGGUAUGGUCGUUGGGCUGCUUCCCAAAAGCUCCUCAUUAAGGACUUCAUCAAUUCCAUUUCUCCUGCCACUGCUGCUGCUAAGCCUUCGGUCUCCGAAUGGUGGCGCACUGUCUCUCUUUACACAGAUCAAACCGGCGCCAAUAUCUCUCGUUCUGUCCUCAUCGCUGGUGAAUACACCGAUAAGGCCUACUCUCAUGGGAUCCACUUGACUCGUCUUUCCGUCCAGCAAGUGAUAGCCACUGCCGUGAAAUCUGCUCCUUUCCCAGUGGAUCACAAAAACGGGAUCUACCUGAUCCUUACAGCGCAAGACGUAACGGUACAGGACUUUUGUCGAGCAGUCUGUGGGUUCCAUUACUUCACAUUCCCAUCCAUGGUGGGUUACACAUUACCAUACGCAUGGGUUGGAAACUCAGGGAAACAAUGUCCCGAAGUUUGCGCCUAUCCUUUCGCAAUCCCAGGAUACAUGGGAGGAGGUGGGCCUGGAGCUUUGAAAUCACCAAACGGAGAUGUGGGUGUGGACGGUAUGAUCAGCGUAAUAGGGCAUGAACUUGCAGAGCUGUCUUCAAACCCAUUAGUAAACGCUUGGUACGCAGGCGAAGACCCAACAGCACCAACAGAGAUCGGAGAUUUGUGCGAAGGAUUGUAUGGAACAGGCGGCGGCGGAGGCUACAUAGGGCAAGUGAUGAGGGACAAGCAAGGAAGAACCUUCAACAUGAAUGGGAAGAGUGGAAGGAAAUUUCUGGUUCAGUGGAUUUGGAGCCCUGAGUUGAAGGCAUGUGCUGGCCCUAAUGCUUUGGAUUAGACCUCAUUCUUAGGAUCUUGCAAUAUAUAUAUAUAUAAAAUCAGAUUCUAUGCCUUUGAAUCUUGAGCUUCAUGGAAGCAAAUGGGGUUGCUGGGUAUGCAAAAAAAAAAAAAAAAAAAAAAAUUGUGGUGGUGAGAUUGGGGAUAGGGAGGAUAAGAUGAUGGGAUUUAUCAUCUUUCUCAUUUUUUUUAUUAUUUAUUUUUAAUUUAUAGAUAGUUUAGAUGUGUAAAGAAGGAGAAGAAGAAUGGUGUUGAUGUUAGAUUUUUCCACUUAUAGCAAUAAAUUUUAUUUAUAAUUUAA